AUGAAUCACAUAACUUUGAGUUGGUAACAAAAUUUGGUUUAAAUACUUACAUAGUAUAACUGCAAGAAUGAUUAGAUCAGCAAUUCAAACAAACCAUUAGAGGAGAUCUUUUAAGAGUUUAUCAAGAAUUACAUUAAAAGAACUUAAUAAAGGGAAUUUUAGCAUAAUUUGAUUACCUCAAGAAUAUUGAUAAUCAGUCAAGAGAGAAUGUAAUAAGAGUAGUUAUUGCAAACUCAGGGUUUUAGAGUGGACUAGAUCAAGGAGUAAAGGCAGUAAUUGCUUUAGAGACUAGAUUAAAGAGAAUCGGAGUUGUAAAGAAUAGAGAAGGUUUUAGAGAAUGGCAAUACAAGAAAAUUGAGUUAAAAUUAAUUUGAAGAUCUUUAAGAUGGAAUAGAGAUGUGCAAGGAGAAACUCCAACUUUUGUAAUAAGAAAACAUAGAGUUUACUAAGUUGGCUCAUUCUUUAAAAUAGCAAAACGAUUAAUUAAAAAGUCGUUAUUCAAAUGUAAACACUGUGUUAAUACAUGUAUAGGCUCGAGAGAUGUAUGAUAAAAAUUUAUCCACUUUGAAUGAGUUACAAUAACAAGGUUUGAAUCUAAAUUAUCGAAUGAUGAAAUAAAUUAAAAUAACCAAAGACUUAGGUCAACUAAAUCAGAUAGGAGCAAGUUAGACCAGGAAAUCAAAAUUUGAGAACUUCGUUAGUAAUUAUUCAUAAUUGGAGGAUACAUGUAUAACAUAAUUAAAUUCUUUUUGA